AUGAGCACCGCGGUCCGCAUCACGGUUCAAUUUCCACUUGCUCAACGAACUGGCAGUGACAAGUUUCUGCGCUCUAAACGGUCAUCGUCUAACGAAGGUCGAAAUCGUCUCUUGGUAUCAAUCAAGGAGAAUCAGCAUCGCGAUUAUUAUCUCGUCAACAUCUGGACUUUGUGUUCGAGCUUGUACCUGUCUGCCUUCAGACGCAUCAAGACAUCCCUAUCCCAUCGUUAUGGAUCCACUCUUGGCGGCAUAUAUGAGUACAUAGCAACGCCUCGGGAGCGCAGUAUCGGCGGAACCGUCAUAUGCGUUGUCCUACAUUGUCCGCGGAUAAUUCGCGCGAACAGCGGUAAACACGAGCUCAAUUCUGGAAAGGGUGUCAGGUACAAGGAGUACAAUUUUGGCGCGCUCUUCAGUAACUUUAUCCACGGCCCUCAAAAAACCUUAUGGAAACCAUCCGUUGAUCUACGAUCGACUUGUUUGUCUGAACUGCUCGGAGAUUAUGCGUUUACUGUGGCUGCUGCCGGAUAA